AUCUAAAAAAACCAAGAAGCCCGCAUCCUUUCCUGCUCAAGAAGGUAAAACGAAGUUAACAAUUUUUCAUGAAGAAGUGGAUCACGGAGAAGAACUAUUUGGCACAUCUGAAGAUUUUUCAUCCCCCGGCAACAAGAAGAUAUUGGCAGUCAAAGAAGAUGUGAAAUUAUUUGAAGGACCAGAUCUUGGUGGAGUGGUAACUCUUGGAGAUCCACUGCUGUUGCUGACAGCCAGUGAAGACAGAGAACCUCUGUUAAAUGAUAGUCCUGCUGAGGACGUGGAGGAACUAUUGAGAGUGGAAGAUGACUUUGAAAAAAUGUUGCAGGUGAGCUCUAAGCCCAAGCUUAAACCCAAACCCAAGGUGGCAUCUAAGCCAGCAAUACCUAGGAAGCCGGUGGUACCUGAGAAAAAAUUCCCAUCUUCUCCAACCCGAACGGGACAGCCAGCGGACGAGACGAUCCAAAGGAUGGACGAGAUGGACAUUCUCAAAUACAUUAAGGAAAAUGAAUCCCUCAGUAGUGCAGAGCCAAGCCUUUUCUGAAGCCCUUGCUGCUGGCGGACUUUCCACAGGGGGAAGGUUUUCCAUCUGCCAGGACAUGUCUAGCAUGUCCUUGCUUGCCCUUUUGAUUGGUCCUUUGGCUCCCAUUGGUUUGUUUUAAAACAAUGGAACUUGAUAUUGGGGUUAGAAUUCUGCAAAAAGUUAAGAGGUUUGCCACGAUGUUUUAAUUAACAAUGCCUUGUUUUUAAAAACGUACAAGACUGUGGCCAGAACUGAGCCGAUAAAAGGAAUGCCGCUAACCUUUGAGCAAAUGGAUUAUUUGGCUUGAAAAGUACCAGAGGUCAGAAUUAAUAAAAGGAACUAGCAUGGCUGGAUUAAAUAUUGACACUAGGUUGGAAUUGUUGUUGUUGAAUAGAAGUUGUUUAUUUCCAGAUCGUUUUCAAAACUUCUUGGGAAAAAUGCCACUGAAGGGCACGGAACAUGCAUAAAAGCAUUUUUUUUCAGAGUCAUAUUUCUUCUUUAAGGGUUAUAAUGCAUUGAGUCUAGGAUCCUCGGGAGACUGCCUAAAGGGCUUUCGGUAUGAAUGGCCUUAUUUGUGUCUCAAUUUUCUGAUCAGAUGGUAGGUUUUUGUGGUACGCUGGAGCCAGCUUGAAAUGUCUGCAGAACAUGGCAGGGAAGCAUCUGCAAGAGAUUCCAGAAUAAUGAUGUGAAUGAUGACUGUUUUUAAUGUCUUUUUAAUUUGGGGAUACUCCCAUCCUCAGCGUUAAGAAGGGUGCUUCUUUUUGAUGUUAAAGACUUGCAUCUCUCAUUAUUGUUCGGUGGGAAGAAAAGUAUCAUUUGUUAGGUGUCAAACCCCCCACCCCCACCCUGGUGCUUAUGGCAGGAUUAGGAAAAUGAACACCAACACCUCAGUUUUGAUAGCUGAAUUAUAUAUGAUAGUUGAGUUAGAUAGGAGCUAAUUAAUUAUUUGACAGCAUACUCUUUUUAUAUGGACAUUCUGUGUUUUUCACUCAGGUGGCCCAGCCCCAACAAAGUGAAUUAAGCCAUAAUACCAAAUAUUUGAUAACUCGUUAACCUGUCUGGAAUGCAAAAAAAAAAAAAAA